UCGACAGUGUUUUGGUUGUGCUUCUCACGUUGCUAUAAAACUGGUUAUUUCUAAAUUCUAAAUCUAUAUCGAAGAUGGUUACAUUUACUUAGAUCUAGGUCUAAUUGAGAUAUACUAUCAAAGUCGAUUUACGAAAAGAUGUAUGCUGCUCACGUAAAAAAGUCCAAAACAGAAGAAUCGAAAUCAGUUUUAGAAAAAUGUGUGAAUGAUUUCAGAAGUGCUGAAACUGAUAGUGAACGGUUUUCUAAUAUUCUUGAGAUUGCAUGCCAUGUCAGAGAUAGUCAUUUCACAGAAGAAGACCAGAGAAAAGUCCUUGAGAUUGUUGGGAUCUCUUUUCUUGCCAGACUUUUAAACACAAGUUUGUACUAUGAUACAUCAUCCGAAACAUAUCCUCCUAAUUUUUACAAGAUGAUUGCUUUGAGUGUAUUCUCAUCUUUAUCUAUUGAUCCAUUUGUGGCAAGACAGGUUGAAGUGAAACAGUUUCUACAGGCAGUGAACUCUGAACUUCAGCAGAAAAAUAUGAAGAUUGAAGGUUCCAAGAAUGUGUUUUCUGACUGUGAGGAAAUUGUUGCCAACCUUUCUCAAGAUUCAGUCGGCAUAAGUUAUCUCAUUGAGUGCGGAACCAGCGAGGUACUCAUAGAUUAUGUCACCUCAUCACAGUGUCAUGACCCAGUUCCUGUAUUACGAUGCUUAAGCUUCAUCUGUAAAAAUCAAGGGGACAGCAUCUUUAGCAAUAGACUUGAUCACUUCCAUAAUAUGAUGUCUUUGGUUGUUGACAAAAUUGGUCAAGGCUCGGACUUGACAUCUAAAGUUGAAUACGCCACUAUCCUUACAGCAUUUCUAAAUGGGGUAUCUACGAUUGAAUUGUCCAUUGAUAAUGACUGGGUGUUGAAAUUAGUGAAAAUUUUAAACAAAUUCAUUUCCAUUAAAACAAGUCCUGAUGACAGUGAUGUUGUGUUGUUUCUCGUGUGUGCCUUGGUCAGUGCUGUCGGGCCUGAAGUUCUAAAACCACAACUAGUUGGGGGUUCAAGUCUUGUGAAGGCUGUCGUGGCAAGGGUCUCUGUGGAGGUUUACAUGCUGCUGGACUGUAUCAAUAGUGACAAUGUGUUAGAGAGAUAUUACAAGUUGGACAAAGUGUACAAGCUACUAUCUGACUUGGUCCAUUACCUGGCAGAGUUUGGAGAGGACACUGACCCAGAUUCCAUUAUAGUCAUUUACAAGAAACUGGUGGAAAUAAGUGAGACCAUUAUGGAGUUCUUAAGUCAAGUUUGGAAUGAAGUUAUUGACUUGCCUAAGAAUCAUGUAGUUGUUUUGAUCUCGGUGAGAACUCUGGCAGCCAUGUUGUCAGAGAUAACUGAAGACCCAACCGAACAACUGCUAGAUUUGAUUCCUUUUUUUGAUUUUUUAUGUCAAAAUGUGGAAUAUUCUGAAGAUGUCGUUAUGGAAGUAAAAAGUGCAGCUCAAGCAGCUUUAGAAAACAUUCGGUUACUAGGGAUACAAGAUUCUCAAGAUGGGGAUAUAGAAAUACAAGAUUCUCAAGAUGGGGAUAUAGAAAUACAAGAUUCUCAAGAUGAGGAUAUAGAAAUACAAGGUUCUCAUGAUCUGGAUCCAGGGGGUUACCCUUCACUUCCACCAAACUUUAUUAAAGAUUCAACUAGUCCUGAAGGGAACAUCCAACAGAAAAAUAAACAACUUGCUGACAAUUCACAUUCAUAUUGCUCAAACAAUCCUACUGACAUAUAUAAACAAGAAACUCUGCAGAGUAGCUCACAUGUGAUGGGCAAUGAAACUCCUGAAAGAACUGACACCAUCCAGAACACAGAGUCAUCAAGUUGUCAUCAGUUACCACAUCCUGACAUAUCUUCUCAAUCACAGACAUAUAACAUUCAUCUUACAUCUGUAGACUUUCACAAGUUUGAGGACUACAGAGAGGCUGUGGGCCAGUUAAGGUCACAGCCUUCACCCUCUAUUUCUAGAAAAGUGACUUUCAUCAAGAAGAGCUCCUUCAAAAGUGCUGGAGAGAGUGAUUCAGUGACUCAGAUUCCAUUCUGGCAGCCCAUGCCUGAUGAUGUGCUGGGCUAUUUGAUUCCGUUCUAUGGCUUUCUCAUGGAUAGUCAAGCAGCCCUGGAGAUCAUGGUGAGAAAUAAUUGCUUCUCUACACUUGUCAGUUAUAUAGAGAAGUCUUUGUCAAGUCUCCUAGAAAAUAAAAGCUCCUCACAACCAGAGAAUAUCACAGUCAAUGCAUUGUCAUUGGUAGAACAAGUUUAUACCUAUGCCCCUGUCACAGCAGCAGAUCUGAAGUGUUUCCAAAGUCUUUUUGAACUCUCCGUUUUGUCUCUUCCUAACUUAUUGUCUUUGCCCCACCCUCCCCCUCUUGUCAGCCUGAAGCUGAUUGAGGUCAGCUUGACAUCAUACAGAAUACAAAUGAGAGGAAGUAAAAGAAAUCCUUCACUCCAGAGAUUGAAACACUCAAAGACUCGUUUGUUUAAAGCAGUAGUUGAUUAUCUCAGUACGUUCUACACUUUCCGUCCCAGCAGAAGAAGACCUUUGAUGAUUUUUAUCACAGGAGAGUUCAGAGAUAUUUGGAUACUAGGAGAGGAGGUCUGGUGCGGUUGUAUCGCAGGUCUCAGUGUACUGUUAAGAUCAGUGGAGGAGCUGCAAGAAGUUUUACUGAAAUCAAUUGUUUUACCAGACUUCUUGGACUUUCUUAAAGACUUUGAAGUUGACGAUUUGAAAGAGUUUCCAUCAGAAGUCAGUAAACUUGUUGAGUUUAUGAUAUCUCUGAUAGAAGCAGCUGCAGAAAGUUGUGCACCUUUGCGUUCAUUGAUCCUCCAGUACAACGGGCUGGCUGUAGCAAAACAACUGAAUUUAAAAAAACUGCAAAGGAUUUUAACCAUGUCUUGAUGAUUCACUGACGUCUGCUAUAUUCACUGACGUCUGCUAUAAUGUCCAAUGGAAAGAAGUUUAUGAAUUCAACUGAAUGUUUUUGUUGGAUUGGAUGUCAGUGAUGGAUGGAUGGUUGUAAUAUUAAUAGAACUCUGAUGGAUUAGCAUCUUAUGUGAUGUCAUCAUCUUUUUAAAAUCCAUUCAUAGUUCAAUAAUGUAUGAUUUAUCAUGUAUGAUCAUGUGACCAAAGAUUGCUAAGGAUGCUUAUAAUUUAUGUAGACAUUUUUCCAGAUGUUUGUAUUUUAGAGAACUUUGAUUUUUCCACAUUUGCCAAGUAAUAAAGUAAAUAUCAGGACAAUGUUCUGUAAUGCAACAAUUAAUUUUACCAUAGAAAUUUUCAAUUUAUUUUUAACUAAUAAGAAUCAAUAUUAUACAUUAUCACUUUUUAAUGUUUAUCUCCCUUAAUUUUAAAAAACAAAAGAAAAAAUUGAUGGGAUUUCUCCAAUAAAACCAAUUUUGUAAAGUGUGAACCUAUAAUCAGCAUAUUAACAGGGAUUAUUAUUAAUAUUAUGAAUUACUUGUCAUUAAACAUUCUAUCCUCAUUCUUGCAAAUGUAGGCAUCAGAUAAUAAAGAUAUUUGAGAACCUACAAAUGACUAUUAAAAUAUUUUAAAACUUCAUAUUUAUCUCUAAACUGUAAUUGCAAGAGGUCCAUCACCUGUUGUUGAAAGAGAUAUUGUUGUAAUAAUAAAGAUGCUUUGUUACAAAUGGGGGUUCCCAUUUUCUUUUACCCCAUAUAUUAGAUAUUUUGGUCAAUAUACAUAAUAAUAUGAAAUAUUGAUAGAACAAUGUACCUUAUUCUUCUCUCUUCAAUGUAUGAAGUUUAAAAACAUCAAGGCACAUGUUCAUGUAGGAAAAAGGCCAUGAAGAAUUGGCACAGACUUUUUUUUACUUUUGUAGAACUUUAGUUUUCUUUUAUAAGUGUAAUAUAUUUUUUCUGAAGUAAAGAUUUUUACGUCUUAGUUUAAACCUCCUGCAAGAUGGCAGGUGAUAGACAUAGGCAGAGUUUGAACUCAGGACCAUUGUGAUAACUCUCCCAAGUGUGUAUCAUACAAGCAGUCUACCAUAAAAAAAAUAAGCCUUUGUGAGUUGUUUAAAUCUCUGCUGGACUAAUGAGCCCUCUCUCAAAUCACUAAAUGACAUUCUUUCUGUAAAGUUACUGUCCUUUAUUGUACAAAGCCAAAAUGCAAAUCAGCAUUAGGUUCACUAAGUUUGUUUUUUGUUUGUUUAUAAAAAUAUUUUGUUACUGCAAAAAGUAUUUGUUGUUGAGAAAUAAUCUUAUUAUGUUAUUGGUUUUUAUCUAACUUGUACUUGUCUGCUAGUUCUAUAUAUUAUAUAUAUAAGUGCUAACACACAAUUGUUGGUGUGUUGUUUUUAAAGACCAUUCUUUUAGUGCCUAUGACAUUAUACAAUGAAUCUCUGUCCUUGGUUGAAUUCUGUUCCAUAUAAUAAGAUGAUGUCAAUAAAACAUGAAAUCAUU